AUGAUCGAGUCAAUUCAAGAGUUCCAGAAAGGCCAGCCGGGCUAUGAGGGCUACUUGAACGACCGGGUCGCCGCGCUCCCGGAGCUCCUGCACGACGCCGGCUAUCUGACCCUGAUGUCGGGCAAGUGGCACCUAGGCAUGACACCCGACCGCUACCCGUCGCAGCGGGGGUUCGACCGGUCGUUCGCUCUGCUACCGGGCGCCGCCAACCACUACGCAUGGGAACCGCAGUUGAAAGAAGGAGAGGCGUCCGGCUUCCUGUCUCGCAACAGUAGCAUCUACGUAGAAGACAAUACCGCCAUCGCCCCGGAGGAUCUGGGCCCGGGCUUCUACUCUUCCGAGUCCUUUGCCACCAGACUGGUGCACUACUUAGAGCAGCGCGACGAGCAUCAAAGGCAACAACCGUUCUUUGCCUAUCUUCCCUUCUCGGCGCCUCAUUGGCCGUUGCAGGCCCCCGAGUCAGACCGACUCGAUUACCGGGGCGUGUACGACGAGGGACCGGACGUCCUGAGACAGAAGCGGCUGGCACGUCUCGAGGAGUUGGGCAUCAUCGCACCGGGCACGAAGCCGCACGAUGUGAUUGCUCCGCCCGUCGAUCGCCCUCUCUCGCGAGAAUGGGACACCCUGAACGAAACCGAGCGGAAGUUCUCGGUGCGGACCAUGGAAACCUACGCGGCCAUGGUACAGAACAUGGACAAAAACAUCGGUCGCGUCAUCUCGUACCUGAAAUCCUCCAAGGAGUUUGACAACACCGUCGUCAUCUUCAUGUCGGAUAACGGGGCCGAGGGCUUGUUGUUGGAGGCGUUCCCGGUGGUGCGGGAGAACAUCUUUGACCAUAUCGACCGGUACUACGACAAUAGUCUGGACAACAUUGGUCGAGCCAACAGCUAUGUCUGGUACGGUCCUCGGUGGGCCUCCGCCGCCACGGCUCCUUCCCGACUCUACAAGACGUUCUCCUCCGAAGGCGGGAUCCGAGUGCCGUUCAUCUUGAGAUAUCCACGAUUCACCAAGUCAAGGGCCGGGACGAUCGAUAAGUCGUUCGCGACCGUGAUGGACAUUACACCAACUAUCCUUGAUCUGGCCGGCGUCCAGCACCCCGGGAGCAGUUACCGGGGCCGCAGCGUGGUUCCCGUGCGAGGCAAGUCAUGGCUUCCGUACUUCUCAAGCCCCCGAAAGAUCGAGUACAUCCACAGCGAGGAGACGGUGACGGGCUGGGAGCUUUUCGACCGGCAAGCGCUUCGCAAAGGCAAGUGGAAGGCCAUCAAUAUCCCCGAGCCUUAUGGUCCCGGCAGGUGGCAGCUGUACAACUUGGAAACGGACCCUGGGGAAACAGACGACCUGGGGCCAAGCCACCCAGACAAACUUCAAGAGCUUCUCAAGCAUUGGGACGAAUACGUCCGAGAAGUGGGCGUUGCUGGUGCAUCGCCGCAAUACGGCGUCCUCAAAGUCGACGGCUGA